AUUACAUAAAACUUUUUAAUGCACGGCUCAGAUUGCAGAACAUGUGUCCGAGAGAAUAAAAAAAAAUAAACGCCAGACGCCGUCGCAUUCGGGUGGGUGUCCGCUAAGUGUGCUAAUGAUUGGAAGUGUACUGGUGAAUCCUUCUUCGGGAGUCCAUUGGGAUUCACACGCGGGGAUGGAAGUUGUGCAAUAAGUCUUCGAUCACUAAUGGCUAGCGCGUAUUGGAGUAACUGUUAUAGGGUAAUGCAACCAUGGGUAGAACCACGUCGCUUCAGAGAAAGUCUUAUGUAAUAUUCACGGUUGUUCUACUGAUAACGACGGCAUGCGUGCUGUUUCAACCCCAAAACGGAUACGAGGUCAAUCCCUACUUGCCGAGCAUCGAGUCCGUGUGGAUAGAAAGCGAAUUCGACGAUAUCAGAGACAACGAGGACAUCAAGAAGUGGUUAGAACUUCGCAGGACACCUCCUAAAAACCUCAGUAAAUUAGGAAGGAUACUGUUCUUAGACGAAGAAGAACCCAACAUCCAGACAGGUGAUAAUAGGUACCAAAUUCUGGUGUGGAAAUAUGGUUCCAAAAUAGAAAACAGGCAUUUAAAACAAUUCUCUGACAAAAAGAUGGACCCGUUUAGGCACUGCUCGGUAAAAAACUGUGAUAUAACAUACAGUGACUCUACUUUAAAAACAGCAGAUCUAGUCCUUUUCCACCUGCACCGAAUGACAGGAAUUCAGGACCUUCCAAAAGAAAAGAGAAAUCCGAACCAAAUUUGGGCUUUCCUUACCGACGAGAGCCCCCACCACACAUUUUUAAAACGUAAAGUCAAAAUGAAUGAGUUCGAUGGGGUGUUCAACUGGUCCAUGACUUACAGGAUGGAUUCUGACAUCCCAGUACCUUACGGGAGAACGGUAUUAAAAAAACAGUCCGAACAAAAGAUAAUGCUAACUCUGAACAAGAGAAAGGACGUUUUAAUAACAAUUCUAGGUUCCAACUGUGGGGGAACGAAUCAUCGCUGGGACUACGUCAAAGAACUGCAAAAGUACAUCAAAAUCGAUAUCUAUGGCGGUUGUGGACCGUUAAAAACGUGUCCUGGACAUUUCAGGACUGACUGCCCAGCAGUGGACAAAUAUCUCUUCUACUUGUCGUUCGAGAACUCAAACUGUGACGAGUACAUCACAGAAAAGUUAUGGUGGAACGCGUAUUACAAGAAAUCCAUCCCGAUAGUCAUGGGUGCCGAUGUAGAAAACUACAGGAAAAUGUUACCGUUGAAUUCUUACAUAAACGUGGACGAUUUCGCUAGCCCCGCUGUGUUAGCCCAGUUUAUUUAUAGACUAAACGAAACAGGUGAAUAUAGGGAAUAUUAUAAAUGGAAAACGGACUUUGAAGUGUUAAACGAACACGGUUAUUUUAAAAGCGAGUCCUUUCAUUUCUGUAGGAUAUGUCAAGCUUUAAACUAUAACGAUAAAAGUACGAAAGUCUACGAGAAACUAGACGAUUUCUGGAGUGUCAAGAAAGAUUGCCAUCCCGCGUGGAAUGCUUAAAUCCUUAAGAAUUCAGUGCUGGAAAUGUAUUAAUUGUGAUAUUUUUUAUUACUUUGUAAAUAGUAAAUAUCAUUCCAAAGAUGUAUAGGUUAAGUUGUAAAUAUUAUUCAUUUAAAUAAAAGACUUACCAAGUUUU